UCUGCUGUGAAUGUGUGUGUCGGAGUUGAAGUUGGCGUGGUGUUUUUUGGGGGGGAUUUAGCUGGUUUAUACUCAGUCCUGUAUUUCUCUCUUCCUUUAAGGCAUUGCUCUCUUUCCUUUGGGUUCCUGUGAAGCCUUAGAGCGGAUAGAAAGUGAAAACAUAGUCUUUUGAAAACAGUGUGGCGACAUGGACAUGAAAAAGAGGAUCCAUUUGGAGCUCAGAAACAGGACACCGUCGGAUGUGCAGGAACUUGUUGUAGAAAACUGUAGAUCGAAUGAAGGGAAGAUUGAAGGCCUCACAGAUGAAUUCGUUAAUCUUGAAUAUCUCAGUUUGAUUAACGUCGGACUAAUCUCUGUGUCCAACCUGCCCUACCUCAAGAAGCUCAAAAAGCUGGAACUCAAUGAUAACAGGAUCUCUGGCGGCCUCGACGUUUUAGCGGAAAAACUCCCGCACCUGGCGCAUCUAGACCUGAGUGGAAACAAACUGAAAGACAUCAGCACGCUGGAACCACUGAAAAAACUUGAGCACUUGAAGAGUCUCGAUCUUUUCAACUGUGAACUGACGAAUCUGAACGGCUAUCGGGAGAGCGUGUUUAAACUGCUUCCCCAGCUCACGUACCUGGACGGAUAUGACGCAGAGGACCACGAAGCUUCCGAUUCCGACGGAGUGAUCGAUGAGGACGAAUAUGAUGAUGGUGAGGAGGAGGAAGAAGAGGAUGGUGAGGAGGAAGACUUUGAUGAAGAAGACGAUGACGAUGAUGACGAUGAGGAGGUAGAAGGAGAGGAUGACGAUGAUGAUGUCAGUGGAGAGGAUGAGGAGGAAGAUUUUGGUCAAGAUGGAGAGGUGGAUGAUGAAGAUGAUGAUGACGAUGAUGAUGAAGAAGUCGCCACAAAGGGAGAGAAAAGGAAGAGAGAAGCUGACGAUGAAGACGAUGACGAUGAUGACGACGAUGAUGAAUAAAAUCCAACCGGCCAAUCAGCUUCCUCUCCUCAUCCUUAAUCCUGCCCUCCCUUUUUUUAUUCACUGACCUCAGUUGCCCUCCCCCUUGUUUUUCCCUCAUUGUAUUUCUACCCCAUUGGGGACGAGACUGUUCUGUGUGGGCGGGGCAUGUGGAACCGAGAGAGAGUGCGUGCACUGUGGGUUGGUCAUCUCAGCAUUCCACAUGUUCAUCUCCAAACCCUGCCCAUGGUCCUCCCAAGCCCCGCCCCUUCCCCUUCUGUGUGCCCAGGUGUGUGCGCGCGCGUGUGUGUGUGUGGAGUCUGUGCGAGGACUUUGGGGAUCUAGUCAUGGGUCUGUGCUUUUAAUAUUUUGUUGGAGGAGUGUUUUUUCUUUUCUUUUUUUUUUUUUUUCCCCUAAUUUCCCCAUUUCUUAAUUUUAUUUUAUUUUUUUUGCCUUUUUUUUGGUUCACUUUCUCAAUAAGAUGAUCGCUAUAGCAACUGUGUGACGAGCGUGCCAUAAUUUUUAGUGUGGCGGUUCAUCACGCACCUCAGUGUCGCUGCAAAAUUUUUACUUUCUGUAAAACGGAGAAUACAAACUUUGUAAAUAAAAUGACAUUUUGUGC